AUGACCCCAGGGGUGCUGCUUCUGUUGCUGGGGGCAUUAGGGGUGCCACUCGCCCAGGGCAUCAUCGGUCCGGAGGCGGAGGGUCGACUCCGAGAAAAUCUCUUCUCGGGUUAUGAUAGCUCGGUGCGACCAGCGCGGGAGGUGGGAGACCGCGUCGGGGUCAGCAUUGGUCUUAGCCUGUCGCAACUAAUCAGCCUGAACGAGAAAGAUGAGGAGAUGAGCACAAAGGUGUACUUAGAUCUGGAGUGGAAAGACUACAGACUUAGCUGGGACCCUGCGCAACACGAGGGUAUUGAUUCACUCCGCCUUCCAGCCAGUGCCGUGUGGCUUCCAGACAUCGUGCUCCUAAACAACAAUGACGGCAAUUUUGACGUUGCUCUGGACAUUAACGUCGUGGUGUCCCCUGAUGGGUCCGUGCGCUGGCAGCCCCCAGGCGUCUACCGCAGCAGCUGCAGCAUCCAGGUCACCUACUUCCCCUUCGACUGGCAGAACUGUACCAUGGUGUUCAGCUCCUACAGCUAUGAUAGUUCAGAAAUCAGCCUGCAGACUGGCUUUGGUCCUGAUGGGCAAGAGCAGCAGGAAAUACACCUUCAUGAAGGUACCUUCAUUGAAAAUGGCCAAUGGGAGAUUAUCCACAAACCUUCUCGGCUAAUCCAGCAUCUGGUGGAUCCCAGGGGAGGGGGCAAAGGCAAGCAUCAAGAAGUCAUCUUCUACCUCAUUAUUCGCCGGAAGCCUCUCUUCUACCUCGUCAAUGUCAUUGCCCCAUGCAUCCUCAUCACGCUCCUGGCCAUCAUUGUCUUCUACCUGCCACCAGAUGCAGGAGAGAAGAUGGGCCUCUCCAUCUUCGCCCUGCUGACCCUGACUGUGUUCCUGUUGCUGCUGGCAGACAAAGUGCCUGAGACCUCCCUGUCUGUCCCUAUCAUUAUUAAGUACCUCAUGUUUACUAUGGUCCUUGUUACCUUCUCAGUCAUCCUUAGUGUCUUAGUGCUCAAUCUGCAUCACCGUUCACCCCACACUCACCAAAUGCCCUUUUGGAUUCAUCAGAUCUUCAUCCAAAAACUUCCUCAGUACCUGGGUCUGAAGAGGCCCAAACCUGAGAGGGACCAGAUGACAGAGCCACCUCUUCCUGCUCUCAAGGAUUCUCUAGGAAGUGGCUGGGGUCGGGGUACAGAUGAAUAUUUCAUAAGGAAGCCGCUAAAUGAUUUUCUCUUCACGAAACCCAAUAGGUUCCAACCUGAAUUGUCUGCCCCCGAUCUGCGGUCAUUUAUUGAUACCCCUAACCGGGCUGUAGGCCUACCUCCUGAGCUGCGGGAAGUCAUCUCUUCAAUCAGCUUCAUCGCUAGACAACUUCAGGAACAGGAGGAUCAGGAUGCGCUGAAGGAGGACUGGCAAUUUGUGGCCAUGGUAGUGGACCGCCUCUUCCUGUGGAUCUUCAUCAUCUUCACAAGCGUCGGGACCCUGGUCAUUUUCCUGGAUGCCACAUACCAUUUGCCCCCGGAAGACCCCUUUCCUUAACCUCGGGAGACCUGAGGCUCACUCAGUUGAUUUGAGAGUGAAGCGGCAUUCUCAAGUCCUAUCAUCUCUGUCUCUUAAUAAUUUAGGAGGAAUCCAGUCCUCCCAUUUCUGGGGGAGAAGGUCAGUGGGCCUGAGCACUGAGGCCUUGGGUCCAUGUAAAAUGUUCUAUCAGUUUAUUCAUUAUUUGGCUUCUUUAAGAAACUCCUUUAUGUAUCAACACCCGAGCCCCCAAUAAAAUGGAACAAAGAUAGGGGGCCCCUUACAGCAGUGCUCAAGAUCAGAUCCGCGCUUCCAGCAUGCAAAGUAUGUGCUCAGUCUGCUUAGAUCCCUCUCUUCCCCCUACACUGGGAAUUUUCUGAAGGUAGGAACUGUGUCUUGUAAGACGUAGGUACAUAACAUUGUUGAAAGUGAAUUUUUUCCUAAAAGAAAAUAUACCUAUUAGUAGUGCUUAUUUUGGACUUGUGACAGUUUUGUUUCACUUUUCUGUUUCUAUAGUCUUUUUUUGUGCUAACUAUCUUUAGGAUAAAAAAAACAGUUAUUUCUAAAAGGAUGUACUUAUAACGAGGGAAAAAAACUACUUGAGGGCCUGGAGCAAUAGCACAGUGGGUAGGGCGUUUGCCUUGCACGCGGCCUACCAGGGUUCGAUUCCCAGCAUCCCAUAUGGUCUCCUGAGCAAUUCCUGAGUGCAGAGCCAGGAGUAAGCCCUGUGCAUCGCCUGGUGUGACCCAAAAAGCAAAAAACAAACAAACAAACAAACAAAAAAAACCUACUUGAAAACCUUCAUUUGAGGGCCAGGGAAAUGGCUCAAAAGGCUAGACCAUGGUGCAGGAGCAUGGUCCAUGCUAGAGCCCCAGAUUUAAUCCUAACCCCUGCAUGGUUCCCUGAGCACUGCUGGGAAUAAUCCUCCCACUCAAAAAGGAAUUCUACCCUACCCACCCCUCAAAAAAAUCCCAGAAAACACAUUUUCAUUCAAGUUCUAGCUUUGGAACUCAAACUUUUGGGGGGAAUGGGGAUGUUGAGCCAUACCUGGUGGUGCUCAGGGACUACUCCUGGCUCUGUGCUUGAGUCAGUCAUGGCAGAGCUUUAGGGACCUUAUGGGAUAUAGGACUGACUUGAACCGGACUCAGCCUGAUACAAGGCAAGCACCUUAGCCUCUGUACUAUUUCUAGCCUGCUCUUCAAACUUUUGACAGGGCACAAAACUGCUCUGAGUUAUGAGGCUGGAGCAAUAGCACAGCAGGCAGGGCGUUUGCCUUGCACUCGGCCGACCCGGGUUGAUUCCCAGCAUCCCAUAUGGUCCCCCGAGCACCUCCAGGAGUAAUUCCUGAGUGCAGAGCCAGGAGUAACCCCUGAGCAUCGCCAGGUGUGACCCAAAAAGAAAAAAAAAACUGCUCUGAGUUUCCCUGUCUGUAAAACAAAGCUAAUGAUAGUAUGUGCACCUAAGUCUGCACAUUAUGUGAAAAUAUCGAGAUGAAAACACAAGCACUUGACAGUAUCAGAGGUUGCAACUGAUAUUUGGUUUCUUCCAUGUUGUUGGCUUGUGAAGUUCUUAAUUUGAAUGUUUACUACUUUUACAUUUUGGAUAUUUCAGAGAAGUCUGGAUUUCUGGUUUCUUAUGUAAACCAAGCAACCAGCUGAAAAAGAUUGACACCUGUUUGAUUCCCUGUUAGCAGCAACCUAUGAGAGCUGCUCCUUCAGGUAAUAGUAUCUGUGCUAGAAUUUCUCAGUAUGAGCACUCACCUGACAAGCUCCAUUC